AGAGCUGCUGCCGAAACACUGAUCACAUCUUUUACUCCCGUUUGAAAUAAACACAUUCCGGAUUAUUUUAUGGAUUUAUGAAUGCAUAUUUUAAAGGGAAAUUCACACGCAUUUCACGGAUUGUACCACGAACUGGGAAGUGUUAUCCAAGGAGAGAUUGGAAUUUAGAAAUUUUCUCCAGCAGGGAACUGGAUUGAUGUCUUAAUGCAACUAUUUUGGAAAGAGACUAAGGGCAUCUUAACGAAGACUCCAAGUAAAACGUUUUACGUGUACAAAAGCAAAUGUUUGAGAAGAGUUAAUGACCUAACAGAAAUGCGCUUCAGUGUGACUGUUGUUGGGUGACAGGUGACAUCCCGUUCUCGCCGGGCACAGUAGGUGUUUCGGCUUCUCUCGGCUCCUCCAGGGAGAUGUUUCAGGGGUUCCCCGGAGACCCCGACACCGGCUCCCGUGGAAGCUCGUCUCCUUCUCUUGAAUCUCAGUACCUGUCGUCCGUGGAAUCCUUCGGGAGCCCGCCCACCACCAGCGCACCGCAAGAGUGUGUAUCUGCCACUGGCGGGGUAGGGGUGGGUGGAGGAUCAACAGGCACCGGGCCAGGGGUGGACAUGCCCAGCUCAUUUGUGCCCACAGUCACGGCAAUAACCACCAGCCAGGAUCUGCAGUGGAUGGUGCAGCCCACUCUCAUCUCCUCCGUGGCACCGGGGCAAAGCGUCACGGGCCCCAGCACCAUGACGCAACCUGUUGCCUUGGAUCCUUAUGACCUGCCAGGCACAAGCUAUUCUACUGGUGGAGGCUUCAUCCCGCCAAGCUCUGAUACUCCUGGUCCAGUGCGACAGUCUCGGAGCCGGCGCCGAACACGAGAUGAAACGCUGACCCCUGAGGAGGAGGAGAAAAGACGUGUUAGACGAGAGAGAAAUAAACUGGCUGCCGCUAAGUGCAGGAACCGCCGGCGUGAGCUCACAGACAAGUUACAGUCGGAGACAGACAUGUUGGAGGAGGAGAAGGCUGAGCUAGAGGCAGAGAUAUCUGAGCUGCAAAAGGAGAAGGAACGUCUGGAGUUUGUCCUGGUUGCGCACCAGCCUGGCUGCAAAAUCCCCUAUCAGGACCAGCCGCCUGCGCAGCUGCAGCAGACAUCCCCACAGAUGGCUUCUGUCUCCGUGGUGGGCUUGACUGUGAAGGAGGACUCUUUCUACCUGCCGCCCGCCUACUCGUCCCACCACCACGUCCCGGUUUCACAGCCCACGCCGACACAGCCAGUCCCAGGACUGCAGCAAGGGAUGAUCCAGGAGGUAGACUUUUCUAGUUCUUUCUAUGGGCAGGGCCAGCCGGUGCCGGACGGCCCGUGCCUUGUUGGCGACGGUGGCGGUAACCCUGACGCCGGCAGCUACAUCCCCUCAUACACAUCUUCAUUUGUGUUCACCUACCCAGAGGGAGCCUGCGGGGCCAGCGCUAACCAGCGAACCAGCAGCAGCGAUCAGUCCUCUGAUUCCCUGAACUCACCCUCGCUUCUUGCACUUUGAGAGCUAUGCUGCCUCUGCUUGCCUAUCAACAAAAAUACAAAUACAUAUACAAAUUUAAACAUUUGGUAUUGCGUUAUUCUGGUGCAGAUAAACUGGGCUUGACAACCCAUGUUCAGUGAGGUUGUAUUAAUCUUUUACAACCUCGUACAUUAAGGCCCUUUUAUUUAAAAUUAAGAUGCGUUAGCAUCUAAAUGACUUCAUCAGAUGAUGUAAGUGUAUAUUAAUUCACAAUGAAUUCAGACUUAAUAUCGAGAUGAGUCACUGGCCCAUACACACAUGCUCUCACACACUUAAAUUGUCAUAGGUUUGUGACACAUACAGUAAUAAUAAAAACACAUUAGCACACUCCCCCUUGCUUAUAUCUUUUCUUGCUCCAUCUUACAUUGGUGUACCAUCUCCCUCCUUCUCUCUCUAUCCAUGCCAGUUGCCUGCAGUGUAUUUGACUAAGCAGAAAAAGGCAGCGAAGAACUGUUGUGGCUUUUGUGGGUUUUGUCUUUAUUGGGUCAGAUUGCCUUGCUACACUUCUCUCUUCAUCCAGUUCAUCCACACCUCUGACUUCUAUCACAAAAGGACAUUGCCACAUACUCUCUAGCUACCUAUCUAUCUCUUUAUUUUUCCUCCGUUGUCCAUCUCCACACCUGUUUCUCCUCUCUCCUGUCUCUAUGUACCUCUGGUUCUCUCUGAAGUCUUCAGCCCCUGAGAGCCCGCUGGACCCUGAAAGCCCAUGGAACCUUGAGUGAGUGCCAGCCCAUCCCAACACCACAAACUCCCCUCGCAUGGACCAGCCUGCUGCACUGCAUAGUGGAAACUCAGAGCCUUUCACAAUGAGCAGACAUUUCAAAACAUCUAAACAAACCAGCCACAGCACGCAGAUCAAACAUCAGCAAAUGCCAUUUCAGAUGCUAUACAGGCCAAAGGCACGGAACUCUUUAUAUUUUCUCAGCAAUGAGGAUUUGAUUGGAUGAGUGAAGACAUAGUGUAGACUUUGGCAUGGCCAGCAAAGGAGCUUCUACAGGCAGGUGCUAAGAGAGGCAUUGGAAUCUGCAGGUAUGAGAUUGUGAGAAAUAAGAAUCUCAUUCUGUUGGAUUGAUAGUAUUCAUCUGACCUGCUCAACAGCAGUGCCAUAUGUCACAUCCUGCUGGUCCUUAUAUUUCUGGAGAGCUUUGACACAAUGUCAUACCCUUUUGCCGUUGUUGAGAAAAUUAGAGGUUCGUUUUGUAUGUUUCAUUCUGUGUUUUAAUGAUAGUAUUAACUCUAAUCAAAAAAAAAAAAAAAAAAAAAUAGUGCGAUAUGCGAUAGUGUCAGCAUUAGUGUCAGUCAGUGUCUGGGUCUGAAGAGCAUUAAAAAGACUAAAGAUUUACACAACCUCAUGGUUUUGGAUGAGUGGCCUCUUCUAAAUGUCCUUGACAUAGUCUUUGAGUUGUGGAUCUGGUUUAGCACAGCUCUAGGCUUUGAUUAUGAAUGGAUGUCACAGAGGACUACAUCUCCAGUUUAUUUAUUUCUUUAAGGGGGUUGUUAAAGUGAAAAAAAGCACAAACGCUGGCUACUGACAGAAGGAAGAGGUGUAACAGUGGCCGAAAGGAUGGGAAGUGCUAUGAAUAUGAACCUUUUACUUUCCUGUGAAUGUUAAUGUUUUUUUAAUGUUUUGAGUUACUGAUUUUUUAUUAUGCUUUUUCUCUUUUGCUCUUGAUUGUGCCGUUGCUGCCAAAUGGAAGAAUUUUGUGGGGCCCGAUUGCUGCUCCUUCUCUCUGUUACUGUUGUCUUAUUGCAAUUAUCACAAUUAUUGUUAUUAUUUUUAUUUCAUAGUUAUCUCAUGUUGGCAACUAAAAAGACAUGUUGUGUACUAUGAAUGUUUUUAUGUUAUAAACUAUGUAUAAAAUAUAUAAAAUAUC